AUGUAUUUUGAUGGUGCUGCGUCCUCUCAACGGGGUAAAGCACCUGAAUCUACUAUUCCCCGGAAAGCCGGAGGUGGCCUGGUAUUCAUAACACCAGAUAAGGGAAUGAUGCACUUUUCCUACCAUUUAUCAAAACCUUAUACAAACAACGAGGCUGAGUACGAAGCUCUGAUAACUGGUCUGGAACUUACAAUUUUAAUAGAGAUUAAAGAGAUUAAAAUCUUUGGUGACUCUCAACUGGUGAUCAACCAGAUUGCGGGGACCUACAAGGUUUUGAAUCCUAAACUCCUGAAAUACCACCAGUACACCGGUCACUUGCUCGAGCAAAUUCUAAUUGUAACUAUGUAUAGGAUUCCCCGUGGAAGAAAUUCUUCGACGGAUGCCCUCACAAAGCUUGCAAAGGAAUUUGCCUGCCCAGAAGAAGACUUCAUCCCUAUAGAGGUGCAGGGUCGUCAAGUCCUGUCUACUAUAGAUUUGGAGUACAUCAACAAACAAGUUUUCCAGGUCCUUUCUACCUCUUCAGCAGUCGAUGAAGAAGAAGAUUGGAGACAACCAAUAAUUGAAUAUCUUCAAGAAGGCAGGCUCCCUCGCGAGAAAUCGCUUGCCAAUCAAAUCAAGAAAUGUGCCCUAUCUUACGUACUAGUUAAUAAUACGUUGUACCGACAAUCGUUUGGUCAGAUGUGGCUCCAUUGCUUAAACAAAUGUGAGACCCUGAAGAUUGUUAACAAAGUCCAUGCCGGACUGUGCGGUGCUCAUCAAUCGGGUCCAAAGAUGAAAAUGAAGAUCAAAAGACUUAGAUACUACUGGCCUACGAUGAUUGACGAUUGCAUGAAAAUUGCAAAGUGUUGUCAUCAGUGCCAAGUACAUAGUGUGGUUUUACAUCAGCCGCCUAACGUGUUGCAUCCCACGAUAGCCUCGUGGCCCUUCGAAAGCUGGGGCACGUAUAUCAUUGGGUCAAUUGAUCCUCCUUCUUCAAAGGGUCAUCGCUUCAUUUUAGCAGCGACUGAUUACUUUUCAAAGUGGGCAGAAGCAGUCCCAUUAAUAAAUGUAACAUCACACCAUGUAAUGAAAUUCUUCUGUGACCAUAUCGUAUAUAGAUUCGGUGUGCCACGUAGAAUCAUAUCCGAUAAUGGGUCCGCUUUCAAGUCUACAAAGAUUAAUAAUUUUGCAAAUUGCCAUGGUAUCGAUUAG